AUGUUUGCUGCCAAAAAUGGUCAUCUGGAAUGCCUGAAAUUUGCUCAUGAAAAUGGUUGUCCAUGGGACAACCGUACAUGUAGUAGAGCCGCUGAAAAUGGACAUCUUGGAUGCCUCAAAUAUGCCCAUGAAAAUGGGUGUUCUUGGAAUUCAAGGACAUCCUGCAACGCUGCUGAGAAUGGGCACUUGGAAUGCCUAAAGUAUGCCCACGAAAAUGGAUGUCUGUGGGAUUCAUUAACAUGCUGCACUGCUGGCAGGUUCGGCCAUCUGGAGGUGCUAAAAUAUGCCCAUGAAAACGGUUGUCCAUGGGAUGCAUACACCUGCAGCAAUGCUGCUGAAAAUGGCCACUUGGAUAUCCUAAAAUAUGCUCAUGAAAAUGGCUGUCCUUGGAACCCAGAAACAUGCUGCAAUGCCGCUGGAUUUGGCGUUUUGGAACUACUAAAAUAUGCUCACAAGAACAACUGUCCAUGGGAUGAGGGCACAUGCAUGCGUGCUGCUGCAGGUGGCCAUUUGCUGUGCUUAAAAUACGCUCAUGAAAAUGAAUGUCCAUGGAAUGCACACACAUGCAACAGUGCUGCUGAAAAUGGCCAUAUGGAGACCCUGAAAUAUGCCCAUGAAAAUGGGUGUUCUUGGGAUGAACACACAUCCUGCAAAGCUGCUGGAUAUGGAGGCUUAAACGUCCUGAAGUAUGUCCAUGAAAAGGGAUGUCCAUGGGAUGAACAACAUGCCUUCUUGCUGCUGGAAAUGGCCGUGUGGACACCCUCCAAUAUGCCCAUGAAAAUGGAUGUCCAUGGGAUAAAGACACAUGCCAGCGUGCUGCUGUUUAUGGCCAGUUAG